AUGGCUCUUGGGAACACGUGGAGGAAACUGGUUCAUCGGGAAUGGAAUCGUGUUCUUCCGGUGCUUGAUGCUGCCUAUCAUAAAAAUGUGAUUGAUCAUUACGAGAACCCGAGAAACGUUGGGUCCCUGGAUGCGAAGAGCAAAAGAGUGGGAACUGGGCUGGUUGGAGCCCCUGCUUGCGGAGAUGUGAUGAAGCUGCAGAUUGAAGUUGAUGAAAACGGGAAAAUAAUUGACGCGAAAUUCAAGACUUUCGGCUGUGGGUCUGCCAUCGCCUCGAGUUCUCUGGCCACUGAGUGGAUCAAAGGAAAAUCCGUGGAGGAAGCCGGUAAAAUAGAGAAUAAACAGAUCGCGAAAGAACUUAGCUUGCCACCUGUGAAGUUACACUGUUCAAUGCUAGCUGAAGAUGCCAUUAGAGCCGCUUUGGAUGAUUACAAGAACAAACAAGGUGCUGCAGAAACCCGCACCCCGAAAGCCGAUCCGGACAAGUUCUGAUCCGCCAUCAGCCACCUGUUGUUGAAAGAACAUCAGUGGAAGAAAAGGACUAGUGCUUUCUUUUUUUCAUCCCAAACUGUAAACCAUGUUUCCGACGCAACACACAAAAAAAAAGCUUGCGCCAUGGUACACUAACGAUACUGCGAUGGCGAAUGGACCAAUCACUCACAUGAUCUGUACAAAUGGCAGCAAUGGUCUCCUCUCCCAUCACUAUACAUACAGUAUUCUCAGAAGUACCAGGGUCCACCCAGAAGUUUGCUCGGGAACAGGGGAAGAUAAGAGGAAAAUCUUUGCCAAAAUUUAUGCAGAUUAUUCAGAAAAGAUUUUUUAUGAGACUGCAGGGAAAUCGUGUGAUAUUCGUUCAAUGAAAGCUGUAGGUGACUAAA